CAUCGCUACACGCACGCACGACCGGCCUGACAGGACAUCGCCAAGGUAGCGCUCACUCUGUGGCAGAUCUGGCGCGCUCGACAGACAAUUAACUUCCAGCAGCAGUAGCGGCUCCACGAGCUCGCACCGCCGCCGCCAUGUCUGACGCCGAUUUCGACAAAGUGCGGCAGGCGCAAAUCGAGCGGAACGCAGGGAAGAAAGGCUUCAAGGACGCCUCCAGCCAGCGCACUAACAACAACAAGGGCGUCUCUCUCACCGAAAACUUCGACAAGGAGCUCUACGGAAAUGACUCAGGCGACAAAUUUGCAGGCUACAAUACCAUCAUCGAUGUCAACGAUGACGAGGACAUGGAGGAUGCCGACGACGGCGAAAGCGGCCGAUUGAUCGGCCAGUACACCGCGACGGCUGCUCAAAUAGGAGAAUGGGCGCACGGUGAGAACGCUGAGGACGAUAUCCUACAGAGUUGCGAGAAGCAGGCGCAAAUUGCGAGCCGAGAGACCGACUACCAAAAGCGUCGAUUCCAGCGCGGUCUCGAUGGAGAUGGCGAGAAGACGUACAAGGAGGUUAUGGCAGAGCGAGAGCUGGAGCGCGAGGAGCAACGAGUUCGUAAGCUCAUCGAGGACCAGAACAAGGAGGCGAUUGCCAAUGGUGACGAUGAUGCGAUGGAAGGCGUGGAAGGCCGCCCCACACUGAAAGACAAGACUCCCGAGGCAGAGGACAAGCCGAAGCGAACGAGGAAGAGACGUUGGGACACCUCGGGAGAACCUGCGGAGACGAAUGGCGAUGCGCAGGCCAACGGAGCGAACGGCACGAAUGGCACGAACGGGCACGCGACAAACGGAGAGGCUGCAGUCAAGAAAUCGCGAUGGGAUUCCACACCAGCGCCCGAUGGAGAUUCAGCACCUAAGAAGCGCUCCAAGUGGGAUCUGGUGUCAGCUGGCAGCGGAGGUGGCGGUCAAACCAAUGGUGCAGCAGAUGCGGCACCAACGGGACCUGUGGUGGCCUUCGGCAAUGAUGCAUCAGGCCGCAACGCACCGCUGUCAGACGAAGAGUUGGACGAAAUGCUGCCCAGCGAGGGCUACAAGAUCCUCACACCACCUCCAGGCUAUGAACCACUGCGAGCACCCUCGAGAAGGGUCGCACCAUCAGCCACGCCAGCGACUGGCGGUUUCAUGAACCAGGAACCAGUGGACGCGCGGUCGAUGGGCAAGCAACUACCAUCUGAGAUCCCAGGCGUUGGAGACCUACAGUUUUUCAAGGCCGAGGAUAUGGCCUACUUCGGCAAGCUGGUUGACGGAGCCGACGAGAACGACCUCAGUGUGGAGGAGCUCAAGCAACGCAAGAUUAUGCGGCUGCUUUUGAAAGUCAAGAACGGCACACCACCAAUGCGAAAGACCGCACUGCGUCAACUCACGGACAAUGCACGAAGCUUUGGUGCCGGACCGCUCUUUGACCAGAUCCUCCCCCUACUCAUGGAAAAGAGCCUGGAGGACCAAGAGCGCCACUUGCUCGUGAAAGUCAUCGAUCGUGUUCUCUACAAGCUUGAUGAUCUCGUCAGACCCUACGUGCACAAGAUCUUGGUGGUUAUUGAGCCACUUCUCAUCGAUCAAGACUACUAUGCUCGCGUGGAGGGUCGCGAAAUCAUCUCCAACUUGGCCAAAGCCGCCGGUCUGGCCACCAUGAUCUCCACGAUGCGGCCGGAUAUCGAUCAUGUGGACGAAUACGUGCGGAAUACAACAGCUCGAGCGUUCGCUGUCGUUGCUUCAGCACUCGGCAUCCCGACCCUCUUACCAUUCCUCAAAGCUGUGUGCAAGAGUAAGAAGUCGUGGCAAGCUCGACAUACUGGUGUCAAAAUCAUUCAACAGAUUCCCAUCCUUAUGGGUUGUGCUGUGCUCCCUCAUCUCAAAGGUCUUGUCGACUGCAUCGGCGAGAACCUAAAUGACGAGCAAGCAAAGGUUCGAACAGUCACCUCGCUUGCUCUUGCCGCGCUUGCAGAAGCGUCAAACCCCUUCGGUAUCGAAAGCUUCGACGACAUCCUCAACCCACUCUGGACUGGAGCGCGCAAGCAGCGUGGUAAAGGCUUGGCUGGUUUCCUGAAGGCUGUUGGUUACAUCAUCCCACUCAUGGACGAAGAAUAUGGCAACUACUACACCAGUCAAAUCAUGGAAAUCCUGAUCCGAGAGUUCCAGUCUCCAGAUGAAGAGAUGAAGAAGGUCGUGCUCAAAGUCAUCAGUCAGUGUGCUGGUGGCGCGGGUGUGACGGCCACUUAUCUCAAAGAGCACGUGCUGAACGAGUUCUUCAAAUUCUUCUGGGUUCGAAGAAUGGCGCUCGAUAAGCGGAACUACAAGCAGGUCGUCGAGACCACGGUCGACUUGGGUCAAAAAGUCGGCGUCGGCGAGAUUGUUGAGCGAAUCGUUGGUAACCUCAAAGAUGAGAGCGAAGCUUAUCGCAAGAUGACAGUCGAGACGAUCGAGAAGGUCAUCUCUGCCAUGGGCGCUGCUGACAUCAACGAGCGUCUCGAAGAACGUCUUGUUGAUGGUAUUCUCCAUUCGUUCCAAGAGCAGAGCGUCGAGGACGUGGUCCUGCUCAAUGGCUUUGGUACAGUUGUCAACUCCCUUGGGACGCGUUGCAAGCCAUACUUGCCACAGAUCGUCAGUACCAUUCUCUGGCGACUCAACAACAAAUCUGCCACCGUGCGACAGCAAGCGGCAGAUCUCAUUACUCGGAUUGCGAUCGUGCUGAAGCAGUGUGACGAGGACGUCUUACUUGGCAAGCUGGGAUCGGUCCUGUACGAAUACCUCGGUGAAGAGUAUCCCGAAGUCCUGGGCAGUAUCUUGGGCGCCAUGAGGAGCAUCGUUACCGUGGUUGGCAUCAGUAGCAUGCAGCCCCCUAUUAAGGAUCUGCUACCGCGAUUGACACCAAUUCUGCGGAACAGGCACGAGAAGGUGCAAGAAAACACAAUUGAUCUAGUGGGACGUAUCGCCGACCGCGGACCAGAGUCGGUCAACGCACGCGAGUGGAUGCGAAUCUGCUUCGAGCUGCUCGACAUGCUCAAGGCACACAAGAAGGGCAUCCGGCGUGCUGCGAACAACACAUUCGGUUUCAUUGCCAAGGCCAUUGGACCACAGGAUGUGCUUGCCACACUAUUGAACAACUUGCGCGUCCAAGAGCGUCAGUCGCGUGUCUGCACGGCUGUCGCCAUUGGUAUCGUCGCCGAGACAUGUGCGCCUUUCACGGUUCUGCCCGCUCUCAUGAACGAGUAUCGCGUUCCAGAGCUGAACGUGCAGAAUGGUGUUCUGAAGUCACUAUCCUUCCUUUUCGAGUACAUCGGCGAAAUGGCUAAAGACUACGUCUAUGCCGUUACGCCCCUUCUCGAAGAUGCCCUCAUUGAUCGCGACCAGGUGCACCGUCAAACUGCCGCUAGUGUCGUCAAGCACGUCGCACUUGGAGUGGUCGGUCUAGGGUGCGAAGAUGCCAUGCUGCACUUACUCAACCUGCUCUACCCGAACUUGUUCGAGACCAGUCCGCACGUUAUCGAUCGUGUUAUCGAAGCUAUCGACGCAAUUCGCCUCGCAGUGGGCACGGGAGCGGUUAUGAAUUACGUCUGGGCAGGUCUUUUCCACCCGGCGAGGAAAGUGCGAGUGCCGUACUGGAGACUGUACAAUGACGCGUACGUGCAAAGCGCGGAUGCCAUGGUGCCCUACUAUCCAGCCAUCGAAGAUGACAAGCUGGUGCGGCAUGAGUUGAUGGUUGUGUUGUAGAUCGCCGCAUAACGCGCGCGAGACUGAAUGUAUAUGACAAAAAGAAUGCAUAGGGUGAAGGUCACGCUAGCUGUACUGAAGUGGCGAUGCACGUCGCUGGGCAGGCACUAUUCCAUAAAAAGGCAUGAUUCUGUGCACAGCAGGAGCGUUGGGACGGUGGCUGUUUGCGCUGACCUGAUUGUAGCUAAUAGACGACCACGCAAUGAGAUAUGAAGCUUUCACUUCAUUGUCACUCACAUUACAUUGUUUGCCUCCA